UGUUAAUUUAUUAUUUAACUGCAGCUGUAUUUGGUAGUUAACCAGUCAUAAGUAUCCCGCAAACGCACCAAUUUCUAACCGCAUAACCAGUCGUACAAAUCUCUUAAAACCGCUAGAAACCGCAACCAUCCGCAUCUGCAAACGCCCGCAGCCGCAACCGCAACCGCUGCGUUUGAACCAGUCAGGCCCUGAAUCUCUCAUUUGAUCAAGUCAUACUUUUUUUUGAAGAUUAACACUUUGUAACUAAAAAUAGAAAUUUUGACAAAAAAAAAAUAGAAAUCAGUGCAUGUAGCCUCCCUUAUGUUUAGUACUCGAUUUCCACCUUCAAUAUUCCCACUUUUUGCUCAUUUCAGCUUGCUAUUUAACUACCUCAGAACAUACAAUAUUUUCCAAAAUAAAUAGUUUCAAAUUUCUCAAAAAAUAUUUUAUUCUGAGGCAAAUUAUCACGAGCGCUACUAAUUAACCCAAAAUGAAGUUUAUUCCAUUGAUGUGCAUCGUCUUUGUGAUGAUGUUGACAUCAUUCCCGGCUACGAUCAAUAGUGAUUGCCUUAAAACUAUUAUGUCGUGUAUGCCCGGAGUGGAAGACAAAGUUCCGAUAAAUAACCAGUGGAAGGCAAAAUGUUGUGCAGUUUGGAACGGGACAAUAACACCAGAAUUAUUAGCUUGUGUCUGUCGUGUAAGGAAAAAUCCUAUCGACAAUUCGUUUUUUAACCGAGUUUUAAGAACUUGUCAAUUAGGAAAUGCACGAUUCAAGUGUUAACGAUGUUAACAUAAAAUUGUCAAAUCACCUAUGAUCGUCAAACUAAACUGGAGAUAAUAAGGGUGAAAAUGCAGAAUUUGCCAAGGCUUAAAAGAAGAUGUGGGAUAUCAAUCCGGCGACUUAGGAACUUAAUUACAAGAUGUCCAUUACUUUGUGAUUCCUAAAUAUUUUUUUUGCAUAUCUACACCAACUUUUUUCCCUUUGUUAGAUGUACACGAGAGCUUAUGCCAAUAAGAUGACAUAAAAGCAAGUGUGUUUCUUUUCUUCAAAUGUUUUACAUACAUGAAAAUAAUUUUUUUACAGGUGUAGAUUCAUUGCUUAGUACUCCCUCCGUGUACAAAAAAUGAUGUUUUAGUUUUUUUCGUUGUACACAAAAGAUUUUGAUGUUUUGACUUUAAUUAAUGCAUUUUCAUUUAAAACUAAAAAUAUUAAUUAAAAUAUUAAUAAAAGUAUAUCAACCUUUAUUGGGAAACAAAUAACACUAACUAAAAUUAAUUAACAAAUAAUAAUUAAUUAGUUGUUUAACAUGUGUACACGUCCUAAACAUCAACCUUAUAAAUUCAGAGGUAAUAGUAUUUUGGUUUUAUAGAGAAGCAGGCACUUACAAGUAUAUGAAAGCUCGAUCAUAUUGAAGAGGUUGGUAAGUUAUCGACCUCUAUAACAACCUAUCAAUGAUGCUAAACCAAAAUCAGUUCGUAUACAUAUGGAAAAUUUUCGCUGCGUUUGAUUCCUUGUCAUUUUGUUAUGGAACAAAAUGAAUAAAUAUUCAUUUUUAUUCCUUUUAUUUCGUUCUUAUUCAUUUAUUUCCUACUCAUUCAUAUUCCUAUUUUAAUGGCCACCAUUUAGAGCCAUAAUGAUAAGCUUAGAUCGACAAUAUCUCUUUUUUUUUCUGUAAUUAAAGUCCUUCCCUUAGCUUUACACUAUAAUAAACAUUUGCAAAAUCUUAAUACUGACUGAUUUUGGUAUAUUAUCUUUUUUAUCUUUGUGACUGAUCCUAAAUAAAGGGACAAGUUAAACGAUUACUCAAAGUUUAACAACAAUUUCUGCCAAACGAAUUUCAAAAGACAUGCCAAUUUUCAUGGUUGAUCAUUAAAAAUGUAUAUAGAAGGUCAGAUUGGGUACAAGCAGGGGCGUAGCCAGUGCAUGACUAAUGGGGGUACGUGCACCCGUAAUCUUUUAGAUAUUAUGAUUUUAGUAUCUAAACUGCCAAGAAAAUUAGCUAGGAAAAAUGGUAAGAGUGUACUUGUGCACCCAUUGAUAUCUCAAGUUCGAUCCUUCUUUUGGUAUUUAUUUUAAUUAUAUAAGAUGUGCACCCAUUAAAAUAAAAUUCUGGCUUCGUCCCUGGGUACAAGACUACAAACUAAGUGACUUUCACUUAAUAAUAGUUGAUUACCAUCGGAUAAACUUACAAUAUGUCAUAAAUAACCGAUGCAAAAAUGAUAUUAUAAAUAAAUUUUCACAAAAAUAUAAACUAUAAAUAUAUUAAAAUAACUUUGUAUGAACAUAAAUGAUCAUAAAGAAUUCAAAAAAAAAAUCUCUAUUUUAACUUUGUUUUUGCUUAAUCUUUUUAGUUUUUUUACACACUUAAUAUACUCAUAAUAAUAAUUCCAAACUAUUAAAAUUAUUUUAAUAAUUUAAAUUUAUCUUUUAUGCAUCUAACGUAUAAAUCACUUAGCAUUAACAAAAUAUUUCAACUAUUUUGUAAAUUGUCUAUAUCCGUUCUGAAAACUUAACUGAUUAUAUUUGCUUAUGCAAUUAAUUAAAGCUAGUUUCGACCUCCUCGUCUUCAGUCCCUGGUGUCGAUACCUUGUUCCUUUUUUCCUCACCUUGUUCCAACCUCACCGGUCUCCAUUCCCUGUUAUUUCACUGUGGAGAGUAGCGAGGCAAAACUUGAUUAUAUCUCUUAUCUCUCUGCCUCUCGUAAUUUUCUGACAGUUUACGUUGUGAAUCCGGGGAGCUAUGUCGGCUGGGACUGGUUCGACAUGCACUCCGUGAGUCGAUAGGAUAGGAAGAUCUCUGUUUCUUCCUCUCGUUAUUGGUUCAGUUCGAGUAUCCUGAGUUUGUUCUGAACCGCGAUCGAUCACCUUCACGUACCAUGCAAGAAAAAGGAUAUUAUAAAUAACUUUUCAUAAAGAUCUUGCAUUCAGAAUUUAUGAGAGUCAUCUUCAUAAGAUUCAUCAUCUUCAGAAGAGUAAUCAUCGUCACCACCAGGGUUGUCUUCUUCUUCACCACCCUGUGAAAAAAUUUAAGUUCAUCUACCAUUUGAAGUGGAUAGAUUAAAGUUUAAGUUUCUAUUCCCCAAUCGAAUAUCUCACCCUUGGUUAAGAACAACGACCAUUUGCUAUCUAAAGUUUAAGUUUCUCUUAUUGGUUCAUUUGCUGUUUGGAAUGAAUAAAUUUGAAGUAUCUCUUCUCCAAUAUAUUCAAUGUUGUGCUUACUUAUAUUUCUAACGAUUUCAGAUUAUUGUUUCUUGGGCUAUUUUUGGCAUAAAAGUAUUUAAUAAACUAUCACUUAACUAUUAUACUAGACUUUAGAGGAUUUCCACAAUUGUUGUUUAAAAAAAAUGGAUCAUAGCUAAGUCAGUUAGUGCUAUUAUCCUUCUAACGGUUUCGGAUAAUGUUGAGAUAACAACUAUAUAAAUACAUAUAAAUCAUAAAAGACAGAAGAUAUGAAUUUGAAACCAAACCCUAAAUUUAGAAAUACACACAAGUCAAUGACCCUGGCUUAUCAUAAACAACUGAACUACAGGUUUCAUUACUAAAUAUAAAUCAGUUUAAAUCUUUGUGUUGUCACAUGUAAGUCAUCAUCUUGAACAAAAAAAAAAUCUGAAACCUCUUUCUUUCAACAAAAAAAAAAAUGAUGAGCUCAGACGAAGAUGUGGUUAGUUUCAUCACCGUGCUUGGCAUUGCCGUUUUCAUUGGUCUCUGCUUCUUGCUUAUUGUUCUUAUAGCAACCUCAGCGAUCAUCCUUGUAAUCUACGUCAUCAUCGACUGUAUUCUCAGACCAUUCUUAGGAACAUGUCUCGACCUAGAUCUCGAGAUCGGAGUCCAAAGAGGCCAACACCGUGCUAGAAUCGUUACGUACCAUGCAAUCAUCCCGACAGAUCUACACUUACCAUAUUCCGAGAGAGAAGAAAAAAGAAAACGAGGGUUGACACAAAGCGAGAUUGAAACCCUACUCCCGAAAUUGCGUUUUGGACAAGGCAACAGCCACGAGGACGAAGAGAGGUCGAGAGAAUGUGCCAUUUGUCUCAGUGGUUAUGUUGUGAAUGAAGAAUGUAGAGUGUUUCCGGUUUGCAGACAUAUGUAUCAUGCGGUUUGUAUUGAUGCUUGGCUCAAGAAUCAUCUCACGUGUCCUACUUGCCGUAAUGAUUUGCCAGAUUCAUGACAAUGACAAGCCUGUUUUGGAUUUGUCGAAAGCUGUACAUAUAUAUUUUACUCUUUUUCAAGAGCUCUUUAAAUCCAAAAAUCCACUUGCUAAUUUUAUUCUUCACGUUGAUUCACCUUCAUGUGCUUUGCAAAUGGCGAGUUUAGUCAGAAACAGAGGACACAUGUCCUGCAAAAACUGGGGAAUGGCUUGACCUUUUAUUAGUUCUAUAUAAUCAUUACUAAGUCUGAGUCAAGAUUACAAUCUAAAAGUAAUCAAUGAAAACAUAUACUAACAUUACAUAAGUCAUCAAAUUUCAUCAUCAAUUAAAAUGUAUAUGAAAACUAAUUCUAAGUUUCUCAAUUAGGCAUGGACGAUUCGAUUCUUAUUUUGUUUGGUGGUUUAAUUUUUUAUUUUUUUUAAACGUUCUGAUAUUUUUAAAAUUCCUUUUAGUUUCAAUUCUGUUUUUUUUUUCAGCUAACAAAAUUAGGAAACAUGUUAAUAUCUGAAAAUUCAUGUUAAUUUCGGUUAAAGAUUUUUUCAUAAUUUUGGAGUUUCAGACAAAAAUCCGCAUUAAAUAUUGAAUCAUC